GCCCUCCACUGGCUGCGGGGGAAGCAGCGUGAACUUGAACGCAGCCUUCACUGCUGCUCAGUGCGAGUCCAGGCAGAGGCCAGCAGAGCAGACAGCCUUAUCACUCCGUCCCCGUCACUCGGGUUUUCGGUCAACUUAUCGGUAAAGGAGCAGCCGGUUGCGUGUGCGUGUGCAGGGGGGGUUCAUUUAUUUAUCCAGCCUGUUUGCUGUUUGGGACCCGGAGAGGGGCUACCAACACGCGGACCGCACGACGCGAUGUCCAGGCGCAAACUUGGAAGCAGACCGCAGCACCUGAGUGUGAUUCAAGGUAGGUGUGGGCACGAGGUGUGGACGUGUUGUGUUGACGGUGUGGGUGAACUUACACAUUUCAAGUCAUUAUUCCUCAUUGUGUGUCUGUUUGGUGCCUGCUUUUUGGACGCGCGCUGGCACCGGUCACCAAAGAUGAGUGUUAUUUACAUUUUGGAGAAACACCUAAAAAUACGAUUCAAGUUUCUCUCCGCAUGACCUGACCUCAGUCAAGUUGAUAUGGAUGCGUUUAAUUGGCCAGGCGGGCUUUAGAGUUAAAUAUUUGAAUAAGGGAUGAUAAUUUUCUUGUCAUGUUUGUCCUGAUGUAUUGCUGCGCUCAUAGAGGACGGACCGGUUUACUGGCACGCUGUUUUCACAGGCUACAGGUCCGAACAUGAUGAUUAAUAUAUCCAGGUUAGACUCUGAUCAAGUUUCUCUGCUGGGCUCUGGACACUUUUACACUUUUACUCUUUUACUCUGGUCAAACUUGCUUAAUCCCUUAACUCUUAGUUAUUUUGUGUUAUGGACAAUUAGACCUGAACUCUAUCCUCAAUUGAAUAAAGUGAGAAAUUUAAUAUUUUACAUUUCUGGCUCUUCAAACUCUCCUUGUUGACCUCACUGUUUUCACAGGCUACAGGUUCAAACAUGAUAAUUAAUAUAUCCAGGUUAGACUGAUCAAGUUUGUUGGGCUCUGGACACUUUCACACUUUUACUCUGGUCUAACUUGCUUAAUGCCUUGACUCUUAGUUAUUUUGUGUUAUGGACAAUCAGACCUGAACACUAUCCUCAAUUGAAUAAAGUAAGAAAUUUAAUAUUUUACAUUUCUAGCUCUUUAAAACAUAAAGUAAAAAAAAGCUGAUGUGUGAAAAGGAGAGAGAAACUUGACCGUCAUUUAUGUUUUACAGUUCUUAGUGGGGACCAGUGGUGCGUGUCUGCUGUGACCACAGGCCCUGACUCAACCGUGUACUCUGUGUGUGUGUGUGUGUGUGUGUGUGUGUGUGUGUGUGUGUGUGACCGCGCCUUGCAAGUCUGCACAAACAGCGCGGCCCUGAAACAGGAAAGGUGACAUUUUUUCAGAAACAACUGGCGAGAUCCGACUUCAGACUGUACUGUCUGUACCUGUCCUGCUGUGUCGGCCUCAUGUAGGAAAGUCCAGGCAGCUGGAUCAGAUCAGGCAUCAAGGUGUGCCCAUGACCGAGUUGAGCAAUAGCCUACUGACCCUCCUUCUUUCCUCCCCUCCCUUUACCUGGGAGACUGUUGAGAAAUGAGGUUUUUAAAAGUUGUGUCCACUUCCCUAACGUGUUUACAGACUUCUGUGCAUUUGAAAGAACUCUGCAUCAGCUGCAGACUGAAAACACACACUCACACAGACACACACACACACACACACAGGCUGCUGUUAUCUAGAACACCUUCAGUCUUCUUUUUUUUCUUCUUUUACUGCAAUCCACUUCCUGUUGAGAAACUCCCGCUGCCUGUGGCUGGACGAGCAAGUUGCUGUGAGUGAAAGGUGAAAUCCUCUGUCCAAAUGUUAAAGUUAUAAAUCACUCAUUUCACCUGUCAGCACAUGGCAGUUGCAGCGUUGACGAGAGGUAAAUGUUUCUGCUGAUGUGGACUGUUGGAGGCCUCAGCGUGAGCGUGCAGACCUGUUCUGGGUCGGUUAAAGGAAGUGGUCAGUAAUGGUUGAGCAGAUUGGCCUCAUUGCUUUAGAGCUCACAACUGAAACUAGCACUUUCAAUCAACACGCCUGUUUGUUGUUCCACUUACUGAGGUCUAACUGUUCUUGCUGCAGCACAUGCAGUGUGAGAGAGGGGAUGGUCAUCGGUCCCCAAAGCAGAAGCAGAAAGACAGAGGCGACCGGCACAUCACGGUGACAGAAAGUGUGACAGUUGAUGUCAGACUCGGUUUUGAAGUUGAUUUCUCUGAAUGUGUUUUGGAAAUGUGACUAAAAGGUUGAGUCAAAGUGAUACCAGCCUCAAGAAGAUGAGCUGUCAGAGAAAACCAAAUCAGAAAAUGACCUGAACGGCGACACAAUCAGUCAACUCGGCUACAUAAAUGAAAUGACUUCAACCCACAGACUGAAGAAACAAACACUGGACUGUACAGAUUUAGGGGGGUGUUUUGUUUUCACUUUUUGUUCAUAUACAGAAGAUUUCCUCAAUAAAAAUAGACAUUUUAUGGAUUAGAGUUAAAGGCGACAUAUUUUAACGUCUCUCCUUGUUUUGGGCUUAUUUAAAAUACAAAUAAUUACAUUUACUAUCAAAGACGAAGAAGCUUCAGUGCUCAUUGAUUAAUUUUAAGCCCUUUCUCUGCCCUUCACCAUCCGUAACCCACUCUUUCUUCCAAGUUUACUCGUCUAUCUACUCUCACCUUUUAAAACUGGCAAUUAAAAGUCUCAUCAAUAAUCUUAAAAUAAGACGAAAAACUUAAGUAACAGUUUAAAAGCUGAUUGGAACAAGUCCGGUUUCUCCAUGCUCACUGAUUAAUCUUUGCUGCUUCAUGAAAAACAUUUUUGUGUUUCUAUUUUCAACACUUGCACACUCACAGUUAAUACUCAGUUAGAGAUGGGAAUCGAGAAUCGGUUCUUGUUGAGAACCGUUUACAUUUUAUCUUAACGAUUCCCUUCUUCCGAAUCUUCUGAUUCCUACAAUGCAUGAACAACGUCCUCUUUUACCGAACAUGUCCUCUUUUGGGGGGCUUUCCAGCCUUGUCUGGGGGAGUUGAUGCUAUUGAUAUUAUCAUGAAUGAUGAUGAUAGUGAUGGUACUGAAAACAACAUUUUUAUCGCUAUCGUUAUUGUCAGUGUCACUUAGUCUGCUCUUCUUCUUCGUCAUCGUCUGUUUGUUCCCUUAUUUGUUUGGUUUUUCCUCUGUGUUGUUGUGAAGCAGUCUGGAUCGAUUUUGUUCUGUGUAAAGUUCUCUAUAAAUAAAGUUGAGUUGAGUUGAUAAAAUCCUUUAAAUGUCAGGGUUUUGUAGGAAGUUUUUACUUUGUGUAGCGUGGACUAACUGAGUUUGAAGCACGUAAAAAACACUUGACCCGACCCGAAAAACCCUCAAAAUUUUGCCCAUGACUACAUAGUAGUGUCCUCUUUUUGGGGAUCCAGAAUGUGGUCACCCUAAUUUGACUUAAUACCAACCGAAGUAAAUGCCGUACAAAUAGUUUGUGGUUUGAUUAUUUGUAGACUCUCACUGAAGGUGGCGUACAUCUUUUUCUGUCAUCAGAGACUCAGUAAAAUUUUGAGUUAACAGUAAAAACUUUUAGUCUUCCUUUUUUCAGAUCGAAGAAAAGCAUUGAUAAGGGAAUCGUUAAAGACUUCGAUUGAUAAGCAGAAUCAAUAAUGACAUCGAUAUCAUUAAAAUCUUAUCAAUUCCUAUCUCUAUACUCAGUUCACUGAUCUUGUUUUCACAUCUUUCUUCUUGUUUAACUUGUUUGAUCUCAAAUUUUGUUUCCCCAGAUGUCACCAACAUGGCGGAUGGCACCAGCCCCUCAGACGACCAGCCUCUUCCUCCUCCUCCUCCUCCUCCUCCUGCGCAGGUCAGAUCCCCAGAAGAUGGCCGUGACCUCCUGACCUGCGGGCAGUGCAGCCGGGCGUUCCCCCUCGCCCACAUCCUCGCCUUCAUCCAGCACAAACAGGGGGGCUGCCGAUCCGCUAAUCACGCCCCAAACACCAACGCCACGCCCCCCUCACCUGCCAACCGUACGCAGCAGCGCGUCACCAACGCGGACCUGGGACCGGGCUUCAUCGAGCUGAGGAGAGGGGCGUCCAGAGAGCGAGGCUGGGGGGAGGAGCUCAGCAUGAGAGUGAAGGCAGAGCCCGGCAGAGCAGGUAAAGAAGGAGGGGGCAAAGAUGGCAGGUUGCUAAUUAGUGACUCUGUUUUUCUUUUUCAUUUUUUUUCCUUAAACUUCCCCCCCUCCUCAUUUAACAACUGGUCCCCUCCCUCCCUCCCUCCCUCCCUCCCUCUCGAGUCCAGCUCAUUAGAUAGCCGUUGCCAUUAGCAGACCUGCAUGAGUUAGUGACGCGCUGGCUAAUUGUGAGGAAACGAUAGGCGUCAGGAGCGUUCGAAGGGCACUCGAGGGUCCCCGAGGGCUCAAACACUGAGCAACUGAGCUCCAGAGAAGCGUCCCAUCUCCCUGACUGUCAGUCUCUGAGGUGGAGCGGACAGGUAAACAUGUUUCUCUGUUUCCAGCCUCGUCCUGGACAACUGAGACUCAAAGUGGAGCUCUCUAAAAACACCACAGCUCGGAGCAGCACCGUGUGAGUGAUCACGGCCUCUCCUCCUCCUCCAAAGAGCUUCGAUGGCUGUUGUUUGGCACGUCAGUAUGAGACGGUCAGAGAGGUGGAUGUGUGCGGCUGUUUCGUGCAGCGCUGUCAUGACACCGUAAUGGAGAACGUUGCAUCAUGUGCAGCUCCUCCGCCAUCUCCCACAUGUUCUGCCCCGGGCCGAGCCACCUGAGCUCCUGGGAAUCUGCUCCUUCUUCAUCAGUAUUUUCAUCAUCUCUUUCACCUUCUUCUUCUUCUCCUUGUUGUCAUAUUUUCCACGUCUUAAGUCGGUUCAAAAUUAGCACUGGGUUUUUUCCUGAUUGGCUUUUCUCGUUUUUUUUCUAAGAAUUGAGGUUUCGUGUUCAGUGGCCGCAACGCUUUUGUGAUGGCGGAGAGUUUCCUGCAAAUCUCACGCUGUAUCGAAAUGACCAGCGUGCUUGCAGAUGGAGGCGGCAUCGUCCUCCACGCUUAUAGUCAGCAUGAGUGCUCCUUUGCAUAUUUUGAAACCCUCCCAUGUCAUGUACACACACGUUCGCAGUUCCUUCCUCUAUGUAACGCUCAGGGGACUGGCACAUGCAUCGUUUCCGUUGGUCCACAACCUCUUUUCUGUUUUUCUUCUCUGCUCUCGGUCUUUUUUCUUUUCUCUCUCUUUCAGUCAAGAGGGCACAUGAGUUUGGUAAUUCGGUGUCUACUGGAUUAUACACAAAACAGAAAACAUGUGCGAGAGGGCAAAGAGGGAGAGAGAGCGAGUGAAUAAUGUAAGAGUGGAUAAGUUUGGAUUAAAGUUUUAUUAGCAAAUGUGGGCUGCAUUAUUGUAGGUUUAACUCAGCUUUUUAUAGUUUUUAUGUUUUAUGUGACAAAGUUUUUUUUUAAGUGUGGUAGAAAGCAAAGGACAGUUUGUUCUAAUGGGGCAUCCAGCUGCCUUGUGGGUAAUAAUUAGUCUUGUUUGACUUGUUUUGUGGGAGGGAAACCGAGCAUCUGAACCUUCAGAGAUGACUGAAAGUGAAAGAGCGGUUAUCCCACAACAGACAGGCCCUGCCUCAGUUUCUGUAUUCGAGGACGGAUGAGAGAGAAAAAAAAGGGGUAGGAAAAGGGAGCGGGGUGGAUUACUGAAGAGCCGCGUGCAUCUGUCUCAUUCCUUUUUAUUUAUUCUCCUUGUUUGUUUUUUUUUCUCCUCAUCUCUGACACCACCCCCUCCUCCUCCUCCUCAUGCUUAUUUCUUCCCCCCAUCUUCAACACACUUUCGCUUUGCCCUCUUUCAAUUUCUCACCCCCUCUCCCUCCCCUCCAUCCUCCUCCUCCUCCUCGUCCUCCUCUCUUUUCUCCUCCCUCUGCCUCCCAAGGGAAAAGAGAUUCUGCCUGCUGCUCGUUAGUGCUCCCAGCCAAUCUGCAUUUUUAAUUAGUAGUUAUUGCUUCUGCUUAAUAUUCAAGUGCUACCCCGGGCCAAAUGGGAAUCCUUACAAAAAAAAAGAAGCGAGGAGUGAGAGAAGGAGAGAGAAACCGGCUGGGUAUUGUGUUUCACUCCAGGACCCCGAGACAAAAGCCCCCCCUCAGGGAAAGAUUUGGAAGGUUUUUCGGGGGUGGUAGGGGUGAGGAAGAGGAGCCGAGGUUGGAGGAUGGGUCUCAAGUACAAUCCAAAGGGGGUGACAUAUUUUCGUGGUGUCUCCUGGCCCCCCGCACUACAUUAUAAUCUUUUUAUCUCAUUUUCUUUUUAUCUCCUGAGCCCUGACCUACCUAUCUCUCUCUCCUUCUCCUUCUCUCUCUCUCUCUUCACCCUAUUUUUAAAAGAAGUAUCUCAACUUCUCCUGGGUUUCUCUCCUCGGGCUAGGUUAAAGGACAUGAACAGCGCAGCUCCUCUCGUCUCCAGACAGAGAAAAGAGGGAGGGUACGAGCGCGAAAGAGAAAAAGGGAAAGAAACAGUUGCUCUCUUUUUCAUCUCCACUCUCCUCCUUUUUCCCCCCUCCAGUAAAAUACAGAAGGAUUUGACUUGAGGAAACAUGAAAGAGGCUUAUACUAGAGUCGGCUUUGAACCUCUCCAAAAAAAGAAGGAGAGAGGGAAAAAAGAACUGUUUCCCCCUCAAUUUGGGGAUCUUCUCUCCAGUUUUGAUUUAUGCAGAAAGGCCUCAUUUGUCAAGCAGGCUGAGUCAGUGCCUGAUUUGCAUAAAGCGUUCGUUUGCUACGUUCUGCUAAUUAGCAAUUUGCAGCUUAAUUGGAGAGAGGCUCUCGGUUAGAAGACAAAGCUAUCCACACAUGAAAAUAUCUCCAGAUGUAACUCUGUGUCGGCCUUUCAGCUUCCGGAGACCCAUUUUCUCACUUUGCUUCAGGUCAAACUUUUCUCUAAUACUGUACCUCUCAUCUUCACUGAGUUCCUUUUCUUACCUUAUUUAUAUUUAGGUAAACAUGAAUCACUCUGUGGUACCUCUGAGGCUAAUUUUACCAUCACUAUGUUUCAGCCCUAAAGUUGCUAUAAUCAAUAUAUUUAGGUCAACAAAAGAAGUGGCUGGUUUGUAGUCUGUGCCGUGUGUGAAACCACAGAUUACGAACACUCAAGCCCCUACUUUUUUAACCUGUUUUUGAUUUCGAAACCACAAGUCUCCUUGAGUUUGCUUUAAAGCUAAGGGUCGAAAAUAAAAGACACACUGAAGAUCAAACAGAGUCAGCAGCUAAAGAUAGGCCCUAAAAAUAAAACACUGUUUUGACUAAUCCUCGAUAGCGCCAAAGUUUGACCCCCAAAACUGAAACACAUCAGUAUUUUACAUUGCACUGUACAUGUUUUAAUCACACAUGUCCUUCUUCAGGGAAUUUAAAAUGUAUUUUUAAAUCCAGUUGGUUUUUGUCAGUGUUUAGAUAACAUCAUUUAAAGGGAUAUUCCGGUGUAAAAUUAAGCUAGGGUCAAACACACAGAGUUAGACACCCAUCGAGAGAUGAAUGUUGCCCAUCGCUGCUUCUCAACUUAAGUAACGACAGCAGAUGUCAAUACAGAGAGCCAUGAGCUCAACCAAAACGCCACUUUAUAGCCACAAAUAAUGCUCAGAACAGCACCUAACUUCAUCAACAGUACAUAUAGGGUCCCAGCCAUAGUACUAGUCACCAAACAUCAUUUUAACUUUGCUCAAUUUCUUUAGCAAAGAGACUAAACACAACUCACCCACUCUCUUCCAGCAGCCGCUUGUUUGUAGUGAGACCUCAGGCUAGUUCAUUACGGACUGCAGUGGGGUGACGCAGCUCAAGGAAGAACAUUUAUGAUCAUUUCUCCAUGGAAAUGCAAUUAGACUGAGACACUAAGGCAGAAGAACUACAGCUGCGUCACCCCGCUGCAGUCGAUGGACUCGCCUGGUCCAUUUUCAGCUCUAUUUUCAGUCUGUUUGUUUCUAUAUAAAGAACAGAUAAACUGUUUGUUCUUAUAAGAGUUGCUCUGUUAGUCGAUUUGACCAAAGUUUUUGUAAAUUAUAUUUUGUUUUCUGACCUCAUUUCCUCCAUCUUUGUUUUCUAGUGCCAGACGAGCCCUCUUACUUCACCUGUCAGCAGUGUGACGGAGUAUUUCCCUCAGCCUGGUCACUCCUGCAGCACGCUCAGCACACACACUCCUUCAGCAUCUACCAGGAAGACCAAGAGGAGGACACAGUGACGAGAAGAGGAGGAGGAAGAAGAGGACUUAAGGAGCAUAAGCCUGCUGCAGCCACUCUGGACCCUCGCCACCUAAGCCAGGCCCUUGCCUCCGCCUUUCAGCCUUCAGCCCUGCGCCUCAGCCGCUCACGGCAGAUGCAAACCACCUCCACUUCUUCUUCUUCCAGUAAUCUCCAGGCUCUGAACUUUUCGGUGCGGCUCAGGAAGCUUGCUGAGGGGAACAACACCACCACCUGCAGCUCGCCUGGAGGCCUGGUGCUGUCUCCAUCCUCCUCUCCACCUGCAGCCUCUCCCUUUCCUCAGACUAGUUCCCUCCAGGCUGAGUACCAAUGUGAGCUGUGUGACCAGAACUUCCACUCCAUGUCUGCUCUCUCCGCCCACCGCCGGACUCACACCUGCGAUCGCCCGUAUCACUGCGGGGUAUGUGGGCAAGCUUUCGGUCAGAGUGGCCAGCUAGCUCGUCACAUACGGAACCAUCACAGGGAGGCAGGAGGUGGAGGAAACGGGUAUGAACCUGUGGAGGUCAUGGUGAUGGAGGAGGACGUAGGGAGGCGAGGCAGGUUUCAGAUGCAGUCAUCUGGAGUGAUGGGGAAGGUUGGAACAGACACGAGAGCUCAGGGCCCGUCUGAGCUGGACCUGACCCUGCCCAAACACCCAUCCAUCGCCUCAGGCCUGAUGGUGCUGACCUCACAGGUCAGGCCGCCAGACAGGGAGCUGCUCAGGCUGUACCAGCGCCAGAGAGAGGGCGAAGAAAGAGGGGACGAGGAAGUGGAGGGACAGGGAGAGCCCCAGCCCACCUCACCCUGUGCCAGCCCCUCUGAAGGCUCACUGGAGAGCGGAGAGACAGGGGGGAGUGGCGAGAGCGGCAUCGCGAGUGGAAACUGUACACCCAAACGUCCUGAGAUGGGUGACAGAGUACGAGGAGUUGGAGAGUGGGAGAAUGAAAGGGGUGACAUCAUGGAGAGGGAGACAGAGUGGAGCUCAGCCAAAGUGAGCGAGGCGGUUCAGGAGUGGCAGAGGGAGAACGAGCGGAGGAGUGUAGGAGGAGGAGGAGGAGGAGGAAACGUGAGCAGUACACCCACAAGUUCAGCUGGUAGGAAGAAGAAAGACGAAGCGUGCGAAUUCUGUGGUAAACAGUUCAGAAACAGCAGCAACCUGACGGUGCACCGACGCAGCCACACGGGCGAGCGACCCUACCGCUGCGGCCUCUGCAACUACGCCUGCGCUCAGAGCUCAAAGCUCACACGCCACAUGAAGACGCACGGUGCCCAGGGUGCUAAGGCCUCCUUCCUCUGCCAGCUGUGCGCCGUGCCCUUCACCGUAUACGCCACUCUGGAGAAACACCUAAAGAAAGUUCACGGCCUGAGCCACGCCAGCGUCGGCGCUUAUGCGCAGGCCAGUGCUGCCGACACGCUCGCCGCUAUAAAAGCUGAAGAAGCAGCAGCAGAAGAAGUGGUGGUGAAAAUGGAGGAGGACGAAGCCAGCCUGGAUCAAAUCGAGAUAGAGGGCAAAACGCAGAGCGAGGCAGUGAAGAGCAUGGAAGUGGAGGAGAGGCAAAGCCAAGAAGAAUAUGUGGAGAACAGCGGGAGUCCGGACAGAGUGGGUGAUCUCCCACCUGAGAGCAAAGCAGAAGUGAGCUUAGCUUUGAGUUCUGUGCCCUGAGAGCCGCUCUGCCGCUUUACUGACUGACAGAAAAUAGCACUGUACAGGAUUUAAGUCACCCACUCAUUGAAAAAAGAAGUCGUACCAUCAUUGAACUGACAGCAACGUCACACUGGAAUCAAAGAAGAAGAAGCUGCAGCAGAGUGGAGAGCAGCAGGCAGUCCUCCUCGUCCUCCCAUUUCCCCCUGCCAGCACUAAGGCACACAGCAGCCAUGUUUGUCAUGAUUGUAUGCAAAGCUGCUGGCUGACACCAAGUGCCUACAGUUUCUCUAGACCACAGAGCAAAAAAACACACAAAAAAAACACACAAAAAAAAACAAGGCCGUGACAUUCAGCAGGGAGAUUACCAGAGCUCUCAACAGGAAGUGAACCACCACAGUCCACACCGACGCAGGAAACUGAUCACCAUGUUGCAGAGCAGGAUGCAAAAGACGAGUGAUUUAUCUUUCUGGUGACCCGCUGGACAGGUGGAGACGGCAGCCAGCUGUCAGAAGAGAGAAGAUCGAAUAAAAACCAGCAAUAGAACAUCGUUCGUGUAUUUUAUAAAAGAGGUCAGACUGUGCUGGCUACUGUAGCUGGUUUUCCUUUGUUAAGACCUUUUAAAGACUACAGAUGUUUGAAGAGACGCAGGGAGUGAAAUGAAUCCAAAUACUGUCUGCCUGCAGUUUCUCACACUCCUUUUUUUAAAGGCGCUUGCUUGUCACAACACUUGUCACUUAAUGUUUACAGGGCCAGAGCCCGGCGAGGUUGUGCUCUUGACUUUGUGAAAGUACGUGUGGAGGAUUCUCUGUUCUUGCGUUUUUUUUCUUACUUUAUAAAUGUGAAUAAGGAGACUUUUAAGUCUCACCUACUGAGGGUUUUUUUUCCUGUUAGUUUCUAUGCAUAAAAAAAACUGCAAUUUUAUCUACACGUGAAACGGGUGUGUAUUAUUUUCUCUAGUUGUAUCUCUUCUUGUGAUGGUAAUUCCUCUCUUUCAUUGUUUACAUUUGUAAAGUGCCGGACUGCUUAGAGCUCGUGCAUGUUUCGCAGCCAUUUGAACCUGUUCCUGUUGUUUCUGUUUGUGUUUGAAUUACUCCUUAUUUAUGAAUGCUGCAUGUUUGUGGUAGUGAAACUGAAAAAGUCUGUUCCACUGAAAAAACUACAGGGUCCUUUUGGUCAAGUUUUGUGGAUGGCUGCCACGUGAGCACUUGGGUGAGUGAGUCUUUUGAGUUUUUGUGCGAUUGUUUUUGUGUACAUACUGGGAAAAACUUUCCUCAGGAGACACCUCUUACGUGCGACGCUCUGCCCUGUGAUGUGUGCUCGCGGCAUGAAUCAGCUGAUAGCAAUCGCAGCGUCAUUGCCUCUGAUGUUUUCAUCUGUGAUUUACGCUGAAAAAUGCACACUUAGCAGGAGGACGUCUGAUCUUUUAACACGCCACAGGACAAAGCUGUCGAGAAGAGGGCCCUCAGCUUUUUUUUACGACCACUGUGAUGAAUUUGUGUUACAAUUUCUUGCAUUCACGUCAGGGAAAACUUCUCCUGUGGAUGCUGCGUACUGAAUGAGUGUGAAAGAGUGCAGCGUAACUGUUCAGGGAUAAUAUUUGUACAUAGAUUCUUGCUAUUGCUAUCCAUGUUGCUGUUAUUAUUGUUAUAAUUAAUAUAAUUGCCUCCACCUUUCCUAGCAUCGUCUCCUUCAUGCUAAACACUGGCUAUUGUGAAGCUGUACCGCUCUGCUGUCUUUGUAAACUUGACACCAUUUUGUAAUUGAGGAGCCUCAAUAAAGAAUUGAGGUGAGA